AUGACAAUUGCGUAUUCCGGCAAACAAAAGAUUUGGCAUGACUGGUGUACCGCCAGAGGAACGAAUAACCUCGUAUAUGCCGACAAAGUGCUUCUCUGGCUGAAUGAACAUGUCAUCCCGAGAGGAAAACUCAACGGUAUGACGGACGCCGAAGGGAACGCUGUGCCCAUAAAGAGAUCUACCUUGGAACAAUAUGUGAAGGCUGUGGUUGAUUUGUAUGACUCGCAGAAAUUUAUAAUCGAUGUUAUGAAAGAUGCGCCGCACCCUUGCAAUAGUCUGAUUCAAACCGUGCUCAAGAACUAUUCGAAGACGGAGCUCCGAAUCGCGAACGAUUCCAAAGUGGACCGUGGUAUCGGCACAGAGCUGGAGAAAUACGGCUAUAACGAUAAAUGA